CUUUCUUCUUGACCACUCUUGAAAAUCACAGCGUACUAUUCUGCUUGUGAAGAUAUACUCGCUACCCCGCACCUCCACACAAAAUGACAGAAGUAAAACCCCUACGAAUCGUCGUCGGCGGCGAUGAUGCCGGAUACGACUACAAAACCCUCCUAACAACAGACCUCAACUCCUCCCCACACGUCCUCUCCGUCCACGACGUCGGCCCACACUCCUCGUCCGACAAAACCGCCUACCCACACUUCGCCGUCACAGCCGCAAAGAUGAUCGCCUCGGGCGCCGCCGACCGGGCUCUCCUCAUCUGCGGCACCGGGUUAGGGGUUGCGAUUUCCGCGAAUAAGGUUACGGGCGUCAGGGCUGUGACGGCGCAUGAUAGUUUUAGUGUGGAGAGGGCGGUGUUGAGUAAUGAUGCGCAGGUGUUGUGUUUGGGGCAGAGGGUUAUUGGGGCGGAGUUGGCGAGGAGACUGGUUAGGGAGUGGUUGGGGUAUCGGUUUGAUCCUAAUUCGAGUUCGGCGCCGAAGGUUAAGGCGAUUAAUGAUUAUGAUUUGGAGAAUUAGGGGAGUUGAGAGGGGGAAAGGAGGACGGACAAUAGCUUGCUGGAAAUGUCGGGGGAUUGAGAGAGGCAGGGGAAGAAUAGAGUAUGCGUUCUGAGGACAAACAUUUAAUAGCGACGAAAGUCUACAAUAUGUGC